AUGGCAUGCUCCAAGAGAGUACAUGAAUCGGUAGUGAAGGAAUUGAUAGAUAUAUUAUCAAUAAACUCAUACUCUGUGUUUUUACGAUCUUUGGUCCAUAUACCGAACCUACGAGAUUUCCAUAUAGCUCUCAAAUGUGACAUAGACUUGGACCAGAGAGUAUAUAAUUUGCCAACUUCAUCUGAAAUUGCAGCAAUAUGGACCGAGGAAAAUGUUGACGCAGCCUUUAAUGCACCACAUAUUCAAAUUUACCCUCACAAUGAUCAAACACAAAUAGUGAAUUACUACUAUGGCUAUUACGAUGCCUUGCAAUAUCCGCUAUUGUUUCCACUAGGACAAAGUGGAUGGCAUUGUGGUAUUCAAAAGCUCCCAGAAAAUUGUCCUGCAUACGCAAGAAUUGCGCAGCACGAAGAGGUACCAAGCAUACGAAAUGUUACCUCCCUUCACGGAUAUUUGGAAAUGGAAGCUGAGAUUUUAAUUAAAGGACAGCAACGAAGGGAUACAGUUUCUGUCCGUGAAUAUUACUGUUACAAACUACAAAUGAGAAACGAUGAUGAAAAUAAAUAUUGCACACAGGAAGAAUAUUUCAGCAUAUUCAAUCAAGAUUUGUUCAGAAUGGCUAUGCUAGAAGGACUUCUUGACAUUUUGCGAUUAGGGGAACACGAUGCUUCUAAUAUCGGGAAACAAACUUUCCUUCCAAGUUCUUUUAUUGGAGGGCCCCGAGAUAUGCGUCAACGGUACAUGGAUAUUAUUGUGCUCGUGCAACAUUUCGGUAAACCUGAUUUAUUUAUAACAAUGAUAUGUAAUCCCUCUUGGACAGAAAUAAAGGAACAUUUAAUCUCAACUGAUAAGGCACAUAACAGGCCUAAUUUGAUCAGUCGAGUAUUUAGAGCGAAAAUAGAAGAAUUCAAAAAGGAUAUACUAAAACGAAAUAUCUUUGGGAAAGUUGCAGCUUUUAUGUAUACUAUAGAGUUCCAAAAGCGAGGUUUACCUCACGCUCAUUUUCUUAUAAUAUUAACCAAUGAAUACAAGUUACUUACUCCAGAGGCCUACGAUAAUAUUAUUAGUGCAGAAAUACCUAAUGAAAAAGCAGAAUCAGAUUUAUAUUCACUUGUUCUUAAACACAUGAUGCAUGGUCCGUGCGGUAAUCUAAACCCAACAAAUUCUUGUAUGAAGAAAAAAGGUUACUGUAAAUUCAAAUACCCAAAAAACUUUGCGGAGCAGACAUCAAAAGGAAUAGAAUCUUAUCCAAUUUAUAGAAGACGCAAUACAGGAAUGGUAGUAAAAAUAAGAGAACGACACUUGGAUAACUCAUGGGUUGUUCCAUAUAAUCCUUUUUUGCUCGGGAAAUUUGAUUGCCAUAUGAAUGUUGAGAUAUGUUCUGAUAUUAAGGUCGUUAAGUAUCUUUAUAAGUAUAUAUGUAAAGGACACGAUAAGAUUGCAUUUUAUAUACACAAUAAGGGCACCAACACAGAAGUAAUAGAUGAGAUAAAAGAAUAUCAGUCUGCUAGAUGGGUCUCGCCUCCGGAAGCUAUGUGGCAGUUGUACGGUUUCUCCAUCAGUAAAAUGUACCCCGAGUGUAUGCCCUCUUCAACUUCACCUUAA